AUUUUAGAAUAAGGCUGUAACGUAACAAAAUGUGGAAAAAGAGAAGGGGUCUGAAUACUUUCUGAAUGCACUGUUUAUAUCAACGAAUUGGCGAGGGCACUAGAACAGUCUGCAGCACCUGGCCUCACCCUACUAGAAUCUGAAGUCAAAUGUCUACUGUUAAUUGAUGAUCUGGUGCUUGUGUCCCCAACCAAAAAGGGCCUACAGAGGCACCUAGAUCUUCUGCACAGAUUCUGUCAGACCUGGGCCCUGACAGUAAAUCUCAGUAAGACAAAAAUAAUGGCGUUCCAAAAAAGUCCAGUUGCCAGGACCACAAAUACAAAUUUAAUCUAGACACCAUUGCCCUACUGCACACAAAAAACCGAUACAUACCUUGUCCUAAACACCAGUGCCACAGGUAACUUCCAUAAAGCUGUGAAUGAUCUGAGAGAAAAGGCCUUCUAUGCCAUCAAAAUGAACUUAAAAUUCGACAUACCAAUUAGGAUCUGGCUAAAAAUACUUACAUCGGUUAUAGAACCCAUUGCCCAUUAUGGUUGUGAGGUCUGGGGUCCGCUCACCAACCAAGAAUUCACAAUCUGGGGUCCGCUCCCCAACCAAGAAUUCACAAAAAUAUAAGUGAUUCCCAAACAUUCCAGAACAAAGCCAUCACCUACAGAGAGAUGAACCUGGAGAAGUGUCCUCUAAGCAAGCUCGUCCUAGGGCUCUGUUCACAAACACAAACAGACCCCACAAAGCCCUAGGACAGCAACAGAAUGAGACCCAUGUCAUGAGAAAGAAUUAACAAAAUAACAGAGCAAACUGGAAUGCUAUUUAGCCCUAAACAGUACACAGUGGCAGAAUACCUGACCACUGACUGACCCAAACUUAAGGAAAGCUUUGACUAUGUAGACUCAGUGAGCAUAGACCUGCUAUUAAGGCAGCCGUAGGCAGACAUGGCUCUCCAGAGAAGACAGGCUAUGUGCACACUGCCCACAAGGUGGAAACAGCUGCACUUCCUAACCUGCCAAAUUAAUGACCACAGAGACACAUUUCCCUCAGAAUUUGAAAUCAAAUCCAAUUUUGAUAAACUCCCAUAUAUAUUGGGUGAAAUACAAAAGGGCGCAAUCACAACAACAAGAUAUGUGACCUGUUGCCACAGGAAAAGGGCAACCAGUGAAUAACAAACACCAUUGUAAAUACAACCCAUAUUUGUUUAUUUUCCCUUUUGUACUUUAACGCGAAUGCGCAUCAUUGCAACACUGUAUAUAGACAUGACAUUUGAAAUGUCUUUAUUCAAUUGGAACUUUGUGAUUUAAUGUAUACUGUUCAUUUUUGUUAAUGAUUUAUUUCACUUGCUUUGGCAAUCUAAACGUGUUUCCAAUGCCAAUAAAGGCCUUAAAUUGAAUUGAGAGACUGGUGCCACCUAGUGGGAAGUUAUGCAUUUCAGAUGAGAGGAAAUGACGUUGUGACUGAGUAUUCCCAACAAAUCAACGCUCGCAGAGCAGAAUUCGAAAGUCAAUCAGGCCAGCAGAGAACGGGGUUGUGGCUAGCUAUUUCACCACGUUAUGAGAAUUUCUUGUGAAAUAAACAUAUUUAAAUAAAAUUGCAUUGUACUGUUUAUAACCGAAGAGGUAAGUCAGCGGUAUAUGUUAUAUUAAUUUUAUUCGCAAUGGAUACGCUGCUAGAGGUUAGCUAGCGUAGUGGAUCAACAACAUUAAACCCUGAGGCCGGGGCUAAAACGCGACACUGAACAAAUGUUAAUUAUCUAGCCUUCUAGUGAUCCUACCAUUUACAUUCAACCAUGGUGAGGGAACGGGGGCAGAAUAAGUAUUUUCAGCAAAGCCUAGAUGACAUCAAGGAAAAGAUGAUAGAGAAGAGGAACAAACGCCUAGCAAGCUUCUCUGCAGCCAACAGAGGAUGGUCCAAAAUAAUAAACAAAACCAGUGGUGAGAUUCCCAUAAUGACGCAUCGACCGAUGAUACUGAAGAACGUGCAGAUCAACAACAAAGCCCUGGCUCUGGCCCUGCAGGCAGAGAAGGAGAAGGUGAGGCAGGCCAAUGGUAUCAUCCUGCAGAUGAAGUGGAGGCUCAAAGACCAGGAGGCACAGGCAAGCAAUGUACAGACUGGACCUGCACAGCUCCCUGCUGAACCACCAAAGCCAGUGGCCUCCUCCAGGAGAAUUCAAAGUCGUGCUGCUCUGGAAGAUCUUGUAAUGGUCGAAGCCCCACCCUCACCCAUCAGCUCAGACCCUCAGUUUCCUGAAGGGGCGGGUCGAAGCGAGAGUGAUGGGCAGGGGACAUUGCCACGGACAGUGGGUGUGAGAUGCUGGAGGGCAGCAGGAGGCGAUCUGAGCGUGUGCGGGAAGGGCCGUUCCUCGUUCUGUGAGCAGAACCACAGUUCCCCUACAGAACCUCUCAUACCGGAAGAGACAGAGGUCCUAGUGGAGAGCCUGGUUACAAACGACAGAAGAGGCCAGAACCCCAUACAGGAAGCAAAUCCAAUUGGCUCAGAGGAGUUCCAGCAGCACUCCACCCCAGGGCCACCAGCCAAACCAGCCAAUCAGCAGCAGCAACCCCGGGCCAAACCGAAACAGGCCCAGCCAUCGCAGCCCAAACCCGAACUGGAGAGGAGCCGCAAACCAGACCGCCCUCCUCUGAAGAAACCCUGGGAGACCUCUUAACCCAGAGCCCAGUCCAAGAGCCAGGACCCCUCGGCUACGCGGACCAAAGCCGGGGCGGGAACCACUGCACUUCUCAACACCUCCCUCAACACAUCUCAGGGAUUCAACGACACCUUCGACUUUGACUGCGAGGACAGGGUACACCUCACCCCCUUCAAGGGUGACGGGGGCAAGGAUAACCCCCCAGCUACACCCAUACAGGAGGAAGAGGCAGAGAGGGGACAGACCCUGAAGAGGACUCGGUCAUCACCAGAGUCUAGUUCUUCUUCUGAGUCAGAACACAGCCCCUACAUUCCUCAGAAACGGAAGAGACAUUGCCCUCCGGACCAGGCCAAGCCCGCCCUCGCUCGUAGAGCCAGAGGGCAACCCUCCAAAGCAGCUACAGACAAGGAGAGUGCCCCCCCCACUCAAACGAGAGUCGUUACAUGGUAUUCGAACCAGCGACUAUCCAGAAUGGAGGUCAGUGCCACCCCUGUGGUCCUUGACAAACAACUCAAGGAAGAACCAGAAAAGAGACGGAGCUUGAUUCAGAUCCGCUUGUCUGUGGUUGCCAUGGAGGCCAGCUCGUUAAAUUUACAGGAUAGCCCCUGUCCUAAAAGCCGUGGCGUAUGGAAGACACAGGGCCCCCUAGAGCAGGCCAAGCGCCCUACUUGCAGGGGACUUCACCUUAAAGCAGACAGAGUCAAGGAGAACAUCCCCCCUCCGAAACGACUGUUGUCAUGUGUCAGAAGAGUAGAGCCCUGUCCUACAGCUGGGCCCGCUGAGGUCCCUGAGAUAGAACACCAACUCCCAGAAAUCCAUGGGAGUGUCUUUGUUGACAGUCCUGGUCCAAUGGCAGAGCAAGGUCUUGAGGGUCACACAGAGCACCACAGAGUAGAUGGCGAGGAGGCUCUGCUUCCUGUCACUCCAGGACUGGAGGAGGAGAUGAUGAGGAUCGACAACGUCCUGCCUGUUUUCAGGGUCUCCCCCCGUGAGCCUCCUGGUCCUGGGUUAUCGACAAGCAGCACCCCCCAGAACCACGCUGCACUGAUCCCCAAAACAUGCAGGACAGGUACUGCCCAGUUGGCUGCCAAGGACAUGUUAAUGAAUGAUGCUAAAUCAGUGUCCUCUCAUUCUUUCACACUACACUUAUACGUUCAACAUGUACAGUGUUCUUCACUGACCACUAAAUCAAAUCUAAUUUUAUUGGUCACAUACACAUGGUUAGCAGAUGUUAAUGCGAGUGUAGCGAAAUGCUUUGGCCAUAUCAAAAUCUCUUCUCUCAUUCCAUCACCUCUGUCAGAACUAUCAGUCCACUGUUACAACUCACUUUGUCCUCUCACCACAGGUGGGCUUGGUGUCAGAGCUAGGCGGGGUUUCAGUCUGAUUGAUGUGACCAAUAUUACCUCUGCAGCCUAUCGGAAGUUCUCUUUAAAGAGCUUCCGCCCUUCAGACCGAUGCUCCAUAUCCGCCCGCAAGAGGAGGUCCACGAUAACAGUGGACUACAAAGAACCGUCGCUGCACGCUGAGAAACUGAGGCGUGGAGACAAGUUCACAGACACCAAGUUCCUCCGCUCUCCCAUCUUCAAACAGAAACCCAGGAAGUCCAUGAAGACCCAGCCGUCGUUGGAGAAAUACAAUGAGUCUUUUGUGGGAUGUCGCUAACAUGUGCUUUAUGUCCACACAUUGAACACAUGUUUUACCCAUUCAAAUUUGUUUGAGAGUUAGUUUGGCACCUGUGUUUGUGGUAAAUUAUUUUAAUAGUUUUUUGUCCAAUGAAAUAAUGGAAGCAGCUUAAAUUGUGGUUCAUUUCUUAGUUCAUUCUUUGUUCUUUUCAGUAGGCUGAAUUUAGACAAAUCAUUAGGGGCAUUGGAGAUGUUCAAGUAUAUCUCCCCAAAAUCUAUAUUCUCUCCAUCUCCCCGUUUCGUGAUGCCUGUAUUGAUUGUUAGCCACCUGUAGAGGGCGAUGUUAGAACAGCAUUCUGUCGGACGACAUGUUCCUCAUCUACUGUAUGGUUGUGUUCAGUUAGUUCACUGUUGUACAUAUAUGUUUUGCUUGCCUUUUCUAGAACUUUGAAUAUUCAUUUGCCACAUGCCGCUGUUUUCAUGCGUAAGAUGUUUUGGUUUUAUGAAUAAACAUUCAGUCCAUGAUUCCUA